AUGGAUAAGAUGUUUGCAAGAUUUGAAGGUAGAAAAAGUUUAAAAAAAAAUGAUUAUGUUGAUGUACAUGAUGAUGAUGGUAAAUGUGGUAAUGAUAGAGGUAAUAUUGAUUAUGUUAAUGUUGAUAGUGAUGGUGAGGAGUUUUUUUGUAGUGAGCAAUUAGAUGAAGAAGAAAUUUUGCAUGAGAAUAGAGGUAGUAUGCAUGAAAGUAGUGAUAAUUUGCAUGAUAGUAGUGAUAAUAUUGUGGACGAAGAUGAGCCUAUUAGUAUCCCUUGCUUGAAUCAAAAAUUUGCUAAUUUACAAAGGGCGGAAAAUUUAUUUAGGGCGUAUGCUUUAAACCAUGGUUUUGCAAUUAAGAUACAAAACACGCAGAGGCGAGUCAAUGAUAAAUCCAUAUAUGGUCGAAUGUACGUCUGUAAUUUAGCGGGGGAAAAUCGCGGGAAAAACCCCGUUGAGGAAGAAGAAAUAUUGAUUGGUAGUGUUGGGAGUGUUAAGGGCAAACGGCGUAGAGAUGUGCUGCCUAGAAGUGGUUGCAAAGUUAGAAUGUACGUGGUUAAUAAGAAAAAAUCAACUCAUUGGGAGAUAACCUCUUUGGAAUUAGAACACAAUCACGAAGUCGUUACUCCUUCGAAGAUGAGUUUGAUAAGACGGGAGAGACAUGUGACCGCGGCUCAAAGAAAUUUAAUCAAGACCUUACAUGCUUCGGGUGUCCCACCAAGACAACAAAUGAAUAUUUUUGGUCAAAUGCACGGGGGAGCGGAACAAGUAGGUUUUAAUAGCCAACAUUUAAGAAAUGUCGCGCGCGAUUUUAGAAAGGACAACAUGGGAGUAAACGAUGCUCAAGCCGGUUUGGAUUUGUUGUAUCGUUUGAAAGAAGAGAGUGGCGGUAAGUUUUUUAUCAAGACUCUCCUUGAUGACGAACAAAGAUUGAAGUGUCUUGUAUGGGUCGAUCCCCGCUCUAUGAUGGCCUAUCGAAAUUUUGGUGAUGUGGUUGCGUUUGACACAACAUAUCGAACUACUAGAUAUGCUAUGCCGUUUGUGCCUUUCACCGGAGUCAACCAUCAUUAUCAAUCAAUAGUUUUUGGUUUUGCACUCGUGCGGGAUGAAUUGAAGACAACUUUUGAGUGGGUUUUGAGUACUUGGCUAGAGGCGAUCGAAGGCAAAGAACCCCUAGCUAUCAUAACCGAUCAAGAUCAAGCCAUGGCCGCGGCUAUUGAAUCACAACUACCGAAUACCUCACAUUUGUUAUGCUCAUGGCACAUUAGCAACAAAUUCCCCGAGAAACUUGCAACAUAUUACUCAAAGGAAGGGUUUAAAUUUGAUUUCAACAAUUGCAUCUAUCACUCUUUGACUGAAGUUGUGUUUGAGGAUCGGUGGAAGGCUUUGAUUUUGAAAUACAAUUUGGAAGGCAAUACAUGGCUUCAAGGGUUAUAUGCUUUGAAGCAUAAGUGGGUGGAGGCUUACACAAGAAACACUUUUUCUGCGGGUCAGAAAACCACAUCAAGAAGUGAAGGAAUGAAUGCCUAUUUUGAUGCCUAUGUUGGUUCUUGCACCGGUUUGAAGGAUUUUGUUGAGGGUGCACAAAAAGCUUUGGAGAGGCAAUUUAUGCGUGAGAAAGAUGAGGAUUACAAUACGUAUCAUAGAAGUCGUUGCAUGCAAAUGAAAACCGCCUUGGAGCACCACGCGGCUUCCAUUUAUACCAAAAAAAUGUUUCGAAGAUUUCAAGAACAAUUGGUUGAAGCAAAUAAGUACUUCGUGGAGAAAGAUAGAGAUCGGUCUUUGGAAGAUGUUGAAGACACAUUCUACAAAUGUUAUAGACCGUUGACGGGUGCAUCUCAGAGAACCAUGUAUCUUGUAUCAUUCAACAAGGCGUCAUUACGGGGUUCAUGCAUUUGUAGAAUGUAUGACCAUGUUGGCAUGCCAUGCCGUCACAUUAUUGCCGUGUUGACGAAGAGGUGUGUGGCGGAACUACCGGAACAUUUUGUGAAACGGCGUUGGACAAAGGAUGCCAAUAGAGUUGAUGGCGUGUUGCCAUAUCAAACAUCCGAAGUUGAAUCACCAUCUCAUGAGUUGACUCCCACGGAAAGAUUUAACCACAUGACCUUACUUACCAUGGCUUUUAGUCAUAGUUGCUCCGCGUCGAAAGAGCGGUAUGAAUAUGCCGUUGGGGUUAUUAAUCGAGAAACGGAGAUUAUUGAGAAAAUGCCCGUUGACGGGGUAGAACGUGAAGGAGGUAAAAUGACCGACGCUUCGGAUAAUGACUCAGUGUCACACGUAAGCAAUUCAUUCUCGGACUCGGAUGAAAUGGUAGAUUCACCUACCUUUAGUGAGUUGGAGGAAGCAUGGCGUCAUCUUGACGAAUUAGCAGAAAUGUACGAACCACCUCCCCUAGUGGAAGAAGAAGACAAUGCGUUGUACCCAGCUGACGAAGAGGCCUACCGGUCAAGAUGUUGGACUGAAGCAUGUCAGUGGUGUGCAAGCGAUAACAUGUUCGAAAGGGUGGCGUACAACUUGACCCCAUAUUUUCUCCCAAUUUUGAACUUAGGUCAGGAGUACCCCGGUGGCCCAAACAAAGUCUCCCCGUGGGAUGGUGGUUGGAUUGUUGAGUGUGAUAGGAUAGCCGACAUUCACAAAUUGAGGCCUCGCGCGGGUUGCAUGCGUGACCAAAUGCGUAUUGAAUAUGUGAAGGGUUGGGUGUCCCAUCUAGAUGGUGAUGAUACGGGGAAAUGGAUUACCGGCAAAGCACCAUUUGCAACAUUUCGUCUCUAUGAUGGGUCUAGUAGCAUUCGUGUCACAAUAUGGAAUGACCACAAUACUCAUGCCAAUGUGACUGAUGGUGUGCUCCGUGAAGGUUGUGUUGUCGUGCUGUAUUGGGUGGCAUGCUUCGUUAGAGCUGAUGCACCGCCCGGAACUUCCACGCACCGAUUAUCGGGUGGCUUCUCCAACAUUUUAGCGAUUUUUAGUUAG